AUGAUCUUCAUAGUUAAUAAUAAGAGUAUCUGUAUGAGAUUUUAUACAUCUGAACCCGACGUUCCGUUGAACUCAUUACAAGAACCCAUAGCUGUUGGAAAAAUUUUCUGUCGGCGACAGAUUUACGAAUUUAUUUUCGACAGCUGUACUGAUUGCCGUAACAUGGCAGCGGUACCUCAGGGUGCAUUUGCAGUUUGCAAAGUUCAAGAAUUUAUGGAGCGACUUCUCGCUAAAACUUUGGGGAACGUACUGUUUUCCAGUACCUCCUCAAGUGCUUCAGCUAAAAUACCUGAAACAUCUGCAGAAGCUCAUAUUCUUUAA